GCGGAGUGACCAUCUUGGGGACUCUCUUCCCACAAUGCGCAACAAAAUUGUAAAAAAAAAGAGGGGAAUUUUUAAGUGCGUAAAAUGAAAGUUGCACUGAGCAGCGGUUGGCAUAUAAACACUACUGCUAUACUAUUGAAUGGCCAAAACGACCACGGCGAUAAGUAAAAAAAACUUUCAUGGCAAAUGCUGCGUAUCUCUUUAUCAUCCCUUUUUCGUGACGACGACUUGCGCUUUUCCCUUCCGCGAGAGAACUCCCUGUCGUGUAGCCCGUUCAGGCAACGUGGAUCACAUUUUGCGUAGCAUUUUUUCCGCCUCCUUUUUGGCAGUUUUUUUGCCUUUUUUUAGCGUUACUUUUUAGCACUUUUUAUAACAUUUUUUUUAACGCUUUUUUUAACGUUAUUUUAACGUUUUUUUAUUUGUUGCCCCAAUUGAAAUUCCAUUUUGAAGAGUUCCCCAAACUGAGAAGUCACUUUUCAAGGAAAGGAACUGCGCCUUCGUAAAAAAAAAAAAAGCGGCCAUUUGCAGUUGCGAAUUGGCAAGCUUCGCCCUUUUUGUCAAGCGCGACAAAACGGGAAAUUCGCCUUCUGCGAUACGGGCCACACGCCAUACGCAUCCCUGAGAAGGGGAAAAAAAAAAAAAUCAUUUCACUUUUUCGCGUGAGCGAUACGGAAGAAGGAACCCAUUCCAACGAUGGCGGAUAGGUACGAGGAAGAGAAAAAGGAUGCCGGGAAGAACAUGAUGAGCUUGAGGAAGAAGAAGCAGACCAAGUACCUCCAGCUGAAGGAGAAGACUCAGAAGAAGAUGAAGGCGCAGAAGCUGAUCAACAAGAAGAAGCGAACGGAGCUGCGACUGCGCACACUGCGGUACGAGAAGGAGUACGAAGAGGAGCGGAAGAAAAUCGUGCAACUCAAAAGAGAGGCAAGGAAAAACAACUGCUUCUACAAAGAGGCAGAGAAGAAGGUCGUUUUCGUCAUCAGGCUUAAGGGAGUGAAUAAAUUAUCCCCCAAAGUGCGAAGCGUCUUUCGUCUGCUACGACUGCUGCAAAUACACAACGGAGUGUUCGUGAAGGUUAACAAGGCCACCAAGGAAAUGCUCAAAAUUGUAGAGCCCUUCGUUACCUAUGGGUACCCCACAAUCUCCACGAUUAGGAAGUUAGUUUAUAAACGAGGGUACGUCAAAGUGGGAAAGGUGAGAAGGUAUGCCAGGAAAAAAAUUCAAGACAAUCAUGAGAUUUCGAAGCAUUUGGGAAAAUAUAACGUCCAUGGGGUUGAGGACAUGAUUCACCAGCUUUAUACUUGCGGGCCAGCUUUUAAAAAGGUUAAUAACUUCCUGUGGGCCUUUAAGCUGAAGCCCCCCAAGAAGGGCUUCAAGGCCAAGCGACACGCGUUCAAUGAGCCCAGGCCCGGUGACUGGGGAAACAGGGAGAGCCACAUAAAUGAGCUCAUCAAGCGGAUGAUCUAGGGGAGGAAGCGGUGAGGUAGAGCGGUGAGGCGAAAUCGCUAGUGAGUGCCGCCUUGAGGAUGCUCAUUUCGCACGCCGUUCGCUUCGCUUAAGCAGCCCAGGAGAAGAAUGCACCUCCCCCGGCCCGAACGAACUGCGGCCCCCUUAGUGCAACUUCACCAUCCAUAUUGUGCAUACAUUCCCAUGGUAUUAACUUUUUUUUUUUUCUUUUUUAACUUGCCAAAAAAAUUUAAGAUAGCAAUGUACAUGCGC